GCCUAAUUGAAAAGAUGUCUCUGAACUGUCGUUUUGUCAAAACGUGCAAAACAAAAGCAUCGUAGUUUACGCUCAUAUUUCCCUUGCAUGGUGUGACUACAUAAACCACGGUGUGCCACUUAUUUAGUCUGGCAAAGAGUGACACAAAUUGGGAGGUCUGAAAAAGCAAGAUGUCAGCCCAUUGGAGUCGUCUUGCAGAAAUGAAACUUUAUAUUGAGGGUCAGCAAAAAUCUGACUACAUAGAAUGCCACUGCACCAGAGCAUUCAUUCAUGAUAAAUACCUCUUACAUUGGGGACUGAAGGGCAAGCCCAUAUAUGAAGACAGUGAUGUGGAGGCUCACUCAGGAGAUGAAGGUGUCACACAUGAUCCUGAAGGUUAUGAUGGUUAUGAUAGUCUCUCAGAUGAUGCCAUGGAGGAACUGAACUAUAUGAGGAAAGAUAAGCCCCUGAUUCCUUUCCAUGAUGAGUUCCAUGGAGAUUUGGAGUUGAUGAAGCAAAUGGGACUCCCUCUUGGGUUCAUGAAUUCCCCUCAGGACAUUGUGAAGGGUGCUCCUAACCCUGAGGUUUCUAUAUUUGGUCCCUCUGAGGAUGGUGCCCAACGGGGAAAAAGUAAACAAAGAAAACGGAAAACAAAAUCUGACCUGGUAAUGAAUGAGGUACACGAGGCUCCGUUGCCAAGCCCCUGGGCUCCUACUACUGAUGCAGGUAAUCGGGAAAGUGAUCACAAUCUCAUCAGUAGUGGGCUUGAAACUAAGAUUCCCAGACUUGAAGCUGAUGAAGCCGCUGGGAGUAAGGAUGAUGGAGUGUACCUACGGCUAGAUGCUACAGAUUAUGCUAGUAUGGGUGCAGAUGAAGGCUUCCAGGAAUAUUGGGCAAAGCAUGGGGAGAUGUUUGUAUGGGAACGAUGGGUUCAGAAGUAUGGGGAUAUGAUAGAUACCAGCGCACAUAUUACACCAGCACAUAUCUCAGAAGUUGAUGUUGUUACAACCGAACAAACGGAGGAGUCAGAAACUACAACUGACAACUCUUCCAGUCAACACCUCAGCGAUUCACUUCAGAAUCUAACUCUAGCAACUGAUGCAGCUACAACCUCUAAUGAAGAACAUCACCAGAAUAUCCAAAAGACUCUCGAUGGUGUCUCUGAGACACAGGACAGUUAUAAAGCAAAUGAUGAAGAAAGGGCAAAAGAAAAUGUUAAAAUUGUCAACAUGAUGCACGAUUAUGGCUGCAAAGGUUCUCCAAAGGCUAAUGUUGAUGAUGAGGAGCAUGUAGAAGAUACAUCUGCAGAUGUGAGCGAUAAUGCUAAAGAUGGAAACGAUCAAAGUGAGACUUAUAAUGAUCAAUGGAAACAACUAUGGGAUGAAAACUACACUGAGGUGUACUGGUUCUACUACAACCAAUACAGAAAAUGGUUUGGUAAAGCAGGGAAAGAAGAUGUUAAUGAGGACAGCGAAUACAUGAGUACCAGUGGAAAAUCAGAUGCUCUACCUCCACAAUGUAACUUUACUACAAACUCUUCAGAUUUAUUUAGAUUUAAGGAAUACUCAAAGGCCAAUGUUAAGAGCUCGGAUGUUGAUGAGAAUAACUCUCUAGCUGUUGAAAUCAAUGACUCUGAAAUAGCACCAAGUGAAAUGUCCGCAUUUUCCGUCUCAGUUGCUGCCAGCGAUAUUGACGGUGAAGAUUCAAGGAAGACCCCAAUUCCCAAAAAUCGCUUCACGCCUAUUGGGUACAACUUUAAGGACCCAUGUGGCUACCAAGGCCCCAGAGAAUGUGACGCUGAAUUUACGUACACAACAUCUGAUAUGCUUGACAUUAAAGAUUUUGCCCAUCUUCAUCAAGGAAAGAACACUGAUGAGAAUAACUCCAUGGCAGUUGAAGUGAAUGAGUCUGAAAUUGCUAUUAGUGAAUUUGAAUCAAACUCCGCAUACCAAAGCGACAAUAAUGGGACAGAAUCGGAGGAGUCAGUUGAUGGUGACAUUAAUUUAGAGUUCAGCCAAUCAGAAAGCAGCGAAGAGGAACCAUCAGAUGGAGGAUCUAAAAGAAAUCGUCAGAGACGCAGAAGAAAACAGAUGAAUUCUUUAACAGCUACACUACAAAGGAUCCAAAAGCAGCAGGAGACAGGAGGAAGCACACCAGGGGAUGGGGAUAAUGGGGAUGGGGAGGAACCACCAAAUGAUAAGCCUACAAAACUACCUAACAGUCAUGCAAUUGAGGCUGAUGAUGAUGAGGACAGUAGUGAAAGUGAGGAGGAUGAAGAUGCUGAGACGGUUGGCAACAAAAGAGCAAAGAUGGACUCUGCUUUAAAUCUUAUUGGUCUCAAGACCUUACCAGGACAUAAUAGGAAUAGUCUGUCGAUACAAGCUGCACAUGUGACUUACAGAGAAAAACAAUUGAAGAAGAAAUCCAAAAUUAACCUAGGCAGUACCCCCGUAGUUAUGACGCAAGUGAAACACUUCCUUGAUAUCACAAAAGCCAAUGAAAGUGGGGAUCAUAAAAAUGUGGAUGACUUGAAAAGCAGCCCGGAAGAUUAUUUGAAAACUCCUACAAAUGUCAUACCCCCUGAGGCUAAUGUUGCUAUGGAGACUGGAUCGGAGGAUGUUACUCCUAAUGGGACUGAUCCUGUUGCUGUAGAUCUGUUCAAAACAAAUACAGAAGCAUCUGAAGCAAAACAAAAUAUUGAACCAGAUCUAUCCAAAGAAAAUGUGGAUAAUGUCAAUAAGGAAAGCGAUAUCAAAAUUGAAGGAGUUGGUGACAAUAUUGGUGAUACAGCUCUAGAACAUAUCACAGUAGAUGAUGAUAAGGGCUCUGUUAAAUCAUCAGGUUCAAAGAAAGGUAGCUCGAAGAAAAAGCGACGAAGGAAGGCGUCCAAGUAUCAGUUGACACCUAUGCCCUCAGAUAUCGCAGAUGAUGACGAAUUGAGGAAAUAUUGGGCACAGAGAUACAGGUUAUUUUCAAAAUUCGAUGAUGGAAUCAAGUUGGAUCGAGAGGGAUGGUUUUCUGUGACCCCUGAGAAAAUUGCCAAACAUAUUGCUGAAAGAUGCGAGUGUGAUGUCAUAAUAGAUGCUUUCUGUGGAGUUGGAGGAAAUGCUAUUCAGUUUGCUUUAACAUGUGAAAGAGUCAUUGCUAUCGAUAUUGACCCUGUAAAGCUGGAAUGUGCCAAAAACAAUGCCAAGAUCUAUGGAGUUGAAGAUCGUAUCGAUUUCAUAGAAGGCGACUAUAUGAAGCUAGCGCCAUCUUUGAAGGCAGAUGUGGUUUAUCUGAGCCCUCCCUGGGGAGGCCCUGGUUACUUAGAGGCAGAGGUGUUUGAUAUAGAGACUAUGAUUAGUCUAAAUGGAUUUACCAUAUUUGAAAUUUCAGAGAAAAUCACGAAGAAUAUUGCUUACUUUAUGCCUCGUAACGUAAAUGCUGAUCAGUUGUCCAGUCUGGCAGGGCCAGGAGGUAAAGUUGAAAUAGAACAGAACUUGCUGAAUCAGAAACUGAAAACCAUAACAGCUUAUUAUGGAGACCUGAUUGACACUGAAACUGAAAGCUAUUAA